UUUCCACAGAAAGGCUCCACUUCUGUUACUUUUGUAAUAAAGUCUAAUUGAAUUUACAAGCUCCGGUGUCAAAGAAGAAUGUGAUUUAAUAUUUUCCACAACAGAAGUAGCUUUUUAGACAAAUCCUCCAUUCCAAGGAAAACCGCCAUAGAUAAAGAAAUAUUUGACUUUAUGGCGUUGCCAUGUCAGACCCUUUGCCUUCAUCACCUGCCCUGUGCUGUCUCCAGACUCUUGCAGGUCCAGAUGAAGACAAUGAUGAAGAAGACGAAGAAGACGAUGCUUCCUCUCCAGCUGAUUGUGAUCAUUUGUCUGUCUUAUGGACAGGCAGAUGAUUCCACCAACAAGCAAUCCAUCUCUGAUUACAGCCGUGACCCUUUCAUUACCCUUUUCUCUGGCCUGUCUGCCGAGGUGGGGAACCUGAGGAGGGAGGUUGAGGACUUGAGAAAGUCAUGCAACUCUGUAGAUGUGGCCUUCUCAGCUGCCCUGCGACCUAGUAUCCAGGACAAUGAGGGCUACGGCAACACCGGGCCCUUCCAGGCAGACACCAACCUGGUCCACAGUCACAUCAUCACCAACGUUGGCAACGCGUUCAGCCCCCGGACAGGAGCAUUCACAGCACCAGUACAUGGAGUCUACUACUUCACUUUCACCUCCUAUGCCUGGAAAAAGGAGGCCAGCAUCGGUGUGGCCCUUUACAAGAACCAAGAGCAGGUAGCUCUGGUCUAUGAGUUUCAGGACAAGGGGGACAAUGAAGACUUUGCGUCCAACGGGGCCACCCUGCAGCUGGCCAAAGGAGACAUCGUUUACCUGGUCCUACCGUCUAGUUUCCAGGUGACCAGUAAUGCUUUCAAAAACCUUAGCACCUUCAGUGGCUUCCUUCUCUUCCAGGUUGAAGGAGAAAACGUCUGAGAGACUGAGGGGGUCAGGGUGUAGGUUGGGAGGGUUCUCCACUUAACUUCCACACAUUAUAAUCUCUUUUGCUGUCAUUUACAUGUGUGUGAGGCAAUAAAAGCAAUGUUAAAAACA